AUGACCCCAGUGGACAUGUUCCCAUUGAAAAGCCUAACUGUAAGGGCACAAGGUAGUACAUUUCAGAAACAGGAACCAGAUGGAAAGAAAGUGGUGCUACAGUUUCUUCAGGCUUGCCAUGCUGAUCAGAAAUAUGUGUCAAACCGACUGGUGACCUCCCCGUGCUGCAUUGUCACGAGCACAUACGGCUGGACGGCGAACAUGGAGAGGAUCAUGAAGGCCCAGGCCCUAAGGGACAACUCCACCAUGGGCUACAUGGCAGCGAAGAAGCACCUGGAGAUCAACCCCGACCACUCCAUCAUCGAGACCUUGCGGCAGAAGGCGGAGGCGGACAAGAACGACAAGUCCGUGAAAGACCUGGUCAUCCUGCUCUACGAAACCGCGCUCCUGUCCUCUGGCUUCAGUCUGGAAGACCCACAGACACACGCUAACCGGAUCUACAGGAUGAUCAAACUUGGUCUGGGUAUCGACGAAGAUGACCCCACCGCUGAUGACAGCAGUGCCGCGGUGACCGAGGAGAUGCCACCCCUGGAAGGCGACGAUGACACGUCGCGCAUGGAAGAAGUCGACUGAGCGCCGCCCCGAGGAUUCCUUGUAUAUGUACUCGAUGCUUUAUCCCGUUCCCUCCAACGAUCUAUUUUCAAGGAUGUUUUUCUUUAUUUUUGUUAACGUUUUAAAAAUCUGUAAGGCAUGACGAGAGCUACUUACGGGGAAGAUAAGAUUUCUUUCUGUUCGAGUGUGAUACUGUGAUGCGUAGAAACUAAAGCCCGGCUAGUUGUUUUGUUUGUUUUUUUGGGUUAUGUUUUGUUUUUUUAGUGCCAUGCUGGCUGCUCUUCCAGGACAAGGUAACGUUUGUCACAAGGUGUACGUAACCUCCCGUGAACCGCGUGGUCUGAAGUGUUCGCGACAAGUGGAUUCCCUAGUAAGACCAAACUCGUCUGUCACUGAAGUGUUCUGAGCUAUACCUUGGUGUUUAAAA